UAUAAUCAACAUGGCGUCCUCAGUUGAGCAUAUGAGACAAGGGGGAGCUCAACCUAAUGUACAGCAAAGCGCAGGCGCCCAACCUGUAAACCAAGCAGAGAAUGACCCAAUAUAUAGAUUUAAGUUACUUUUACCAAGAUUAAAAGAGUCGUUGGUUAAUUUAAUGAAAAUUGCAGGAACCUGUCUGCAUCACAACUCACAACAGCUGGAGGAUAGCACUUCCAGUGUUGAUAUUCAACUGCAAAAAUUUGAGAAAUCAUUGGAAGAAUUUUAUUCCAUGUGUGAUCAAGUAGAAAUUAGUUUGAGGCUUGCUUUGGAGAACAGUCAGUUGAAUGCUGAUACUGUGAAGUAUAUCCCUGCAUGUGUUAAUGUUCCUAAUGAAAAAGGGGAGUUACCAUCGACACAGAGGAUCAUGCAGUACCCACAGUACCAGGCCAUCAUCAGGCAGCAAAUACACAGUGCUAAAGAAAUGCAUGACUUGCUAUUGCAGUUUUCUCAGAAAAUAACCGCAAAGACAUGAGAGAGAGAGAGAGAGAGAGAGAGAGAGAGAGAUUAUUAAAGACUAAAAUGUUGAUCAUCUUUUGAGUUUUUUAUAAUAAAAUAAAUCAUAUUAUCAUAUUA